AUGUCGAAUUCAGCUGCCUCCGACUCGUCCGUAUCAAACCCAAAUGCAAAAACUAUACAGGUCAAACUUGUACUAUUAGGUGAAGCUGCUGUCGGUAAAUCUAGUUUGGUACUGAGGUUUGUCAAUGACGAAUUCCAGGACAAUAAAGAGCCAACUAUUGGCGCCGCCUUCUUGACACAAAAAUGUCGGUUGGAAGAUAAAAUAAUCAAGUUUGAAAUUUGGGAUACUGCUGGUCAAGAGAGAUUCCACUCUUUGGCCCCGAUGUAUUAUCGUAAUGCUCAAGCUGCUGUGGUGGUGUACGAUGUUACGAAAGCAGCGUCUCUUGAUAAAGCUAAAUCUUGGGUAAAAGAACUACAACGUCAAGCAAAUCCAAAUAUUGUCAUUGCGCUUGCCGGUAAUAAAGUAGAUCUCGUUCAACCAGCUGGGGAAGGAGAAGACGAAUCGUUUGAAAUGGAAAGCGGAAGACAAGUUCCGACCGAAGAAGCCAAAGCUUACUCAAAUGAGACUGGUUUAUUGUUCUUUGAAACAAGUGCGAAAAAAGGAGAUGGCGUUACAAAUGUCUUCACAGAAAUUGCCAAAAAGAUCCCUCUUGAACAUAUCAUUUCCAAUCGACCAUCAACACGUCCAGGUCCUCAUAAUCAGACCAGGCAAAUAGAUUUAAUGCAGCAGGGGAGCCCAAUUAACAGAGACGGGGGCGGUUGCAAUUGUUAA